AUGCCUAGCGGCAAGGGAUACAACAUCACGUCCUCGGGGACCAACAGCCAGGUAAGGAUCACCCGCAAUGGCUCGUACUACUACUCCAACCCCAAUGGCAGUACCUACUACAACAACGGCCAGGGUGGUUCCACCUACACCUCGUCCAGUGGACAGAGCUACUCCGGCGGCUCUGGCAAGAAAACUGCUGCCGUGUUUACUCGCCUGGUAGCAGUAGUUUGCGGCAACAUGGUAGCUGUUCACAGCAGAGAGGAAUGA